AUGACCACCAUCACCGCUUCUUCUCCCUCAUCCACCCUUCAAGAUGCUACCGCCUCCCCAUUCUCUCCAACAGAACAAGACCCCUACAACACCCAAAUCGACGCCCUACUCACCCGCUACCUCCUCUUGCUAGACGAGUACACCACCCUCCGCUCCUCGCUCUCCAGCCUGCAGGCCGGCAUGUACCAGAACCUGGCGCGCGCAAACUUUACCGCUGAGCGGGGCGUGCGGUACGGGAAGGAGUACUUUGAUGAGAGGAUGGUGGCUAGUAGGAGGGUUCUGGUGAGGGUUGGGGCAGGGAAAGGAAAAGGGAAAGGGGACAAAAAGGAAGAAGAAGAAAAAGAAGAGCACGGUGGGUGGUGGUGGUUGGUGGGUAAGCACAAGGAAGCCAAGGAGGAGGUUAUUCAAAGAGCAGACACAACAGCAACAACAACAACAACACCACCACCACCAGUAGCGUCUGCCGACCAAGACUCCGGAACCCUCUCGAGCCCCAACGAUGACACCGAUACACCCGAAGCCGACAAGGAAGAUGACACCAAAAAGAAGAUUCGAAAAAACGACCCUCUUCGCUGGUUCGGCCUCCUCACCCCGCUUCCGCUCCGCCUUGCCCAGACCCAGGCCAUCCAAGCCGUGGAGCAAAUCAUUCCGCGGCUGGUGACGGUUAACGCGGAGAUGGCGCAGGUGGAGAUUGAGGUACGGAGAGCGAGGAAGAGAAGGGAGAAAGCGGCUGUCAAGGCGAAGGCGGCGGCGGUGGCGGCGGCGGCCAAGGAUGCUAAAUAA